GUUUCCAUGCACGAAGACUUCAGUUGGACUCCACUAGCAGUUUAAAAAAGGUUUUUGCUGACCUUUGUCAAGUAUGAUACUGCAUGUUUAUCUGUGGAAGUGUUAAUUUGUCUUCUUUGAUCAAAAAGCAGGCAGAGACGGAAUGAAUGACAUUGCCUUUCAAAACAAAGACGGGGACAGUUUUCCUACUGAGUCCAGAAAGCAGAGCCCAGUGGUAUCUGCUGCCGCCACAUUAUGCGGGUAUCUGGACAAGCUGAGUGGGCCACUGAAGGUCUGGAGGUCCCUCUGGUUCAUAUACGAAGAGAAGGAGUGUCAGCUGGUCUACUACAAGUGUGCCCAGGAUGUGAAUCCACUGGGAUGGAUUGACCUGUCCAAUGCCAUACUGGGAGACCUACCACAGGCAGACCAGAGGACCUUCUACAUUCAAACACCCGAGCGCACCUUCACCCUCAAGGCUGUGAAUUGCGAGUCUAUGAUAUACUGGCUGAAGCAGCUCCAGUUGAAGAGGUGGCAUCAUGGGAACAUUUCAGGAAAGCUGGGAAUGGUCACCAGUCACCAUGCAUUACGACGAUACGCCACGCUGAGUGACGUCCUCCUCAGACACACUCCGACAGGAAUUCAUAAGGAAUACUUACUCCGGAGCCGUUCCUCCCAGGAGCUCAGCCACAGCCUCAGCUGGGAAGAACUCUGGGAUCCAUUCCUGCCACUCAAAGACAUCCAGGCCCCUCCAUAUUUUGACCAGGACAAAUCACCUCCAAAAACAAAUAUUGAGCCCUCUGGGCCAAAAACACAGUGGGUCCAGGAGAUAGAGGCACCAAAGGGACACCAGAGCUCCCUAAGCUGUGAGGGCUCCUCUUCUAACCCCGCAGACAAGACUGCUAGUCCACAGCAGGAAGAGCCUCCAGACACCGCCCGUCUUCAACAGGAAGUGCUCAGUCUGGCAGGCCAGGUCAAGGCCCAGAAGGAUCUAGUAUCCCUGUUGCAGAAGGCCCUGGAGUUGGCCCAGCAGGAGAAAUUGACUCCUGCAGUAGAGUCCCCGAGGUCGGAGUGUGAAUGGAAGAGUUCCAACUCACAACCAUGGAAUCAAGGCGAGUGCAACACAGAUCAUUCGUAUGGCCUGCAGGUUGCGCCACUGCUGAGGCACGACUGUGUGGCCGAGUCUCAGGAUCACCUCCGGCUACUGGCUGAGAGGAACCAGGCUGAGAGAGAGUUGGUCCUCCGUCUGUCCCAACAAGUGGCUGAGAGUUUGACCGACCCCCAGCGAAGCCUCGUCCGCGGUUGGACUGUCCUUGAAACGCAGGAGCAGCUGAGACAGGAGAUUAGGAAUCUUAAGGACAACAUUGAGGCCUACAAGACUCAGAAUACUUACUUGAACGCAGAGAUCUACACGUUAACCAAAGAAUGGAGGAAGAGUACAGAACAAGAGAAGUGCUUGAUGAUAAAGUGUGCCCAUCUGGAGGCCAAGGUGUUCCGGAUGGAGAGCAGGUCUCUGACAGUCCUCUUCAAGCUACAGGAGAGCAGAGGUUUGGAGAGACACAGGGAAGCCAUAAAGACCCUGAUCACCGACACUCUUCGGGAGGGCGGGAGGGACAUUCUGGAACUGAACCCUGCCAGGGACUAUGAUGAGUAUGGGUUUAGAAUCUCCACUGACAUCCAAAUGGAUGAUAUGAAGCUGCUGGCCAAACUGCAAGCAUUAGGGAUUCAUUCCCACGAUCCCCCACAACAACAGAAGGAUGGGGAAGAGGAGGGGGACAGCGAGCGUCUUUGGGGCCGCUGGGCACAGCACUUUGAUGGCAGACGAUCAGACAAGGCGGUGGCCUCUCCGAAGCUGAAGGGGCUUCUGAGAAAGGGUGUGCCGCACUACUACAGGAGUCGUGUGUGGCGCUGGAUAGUGUGGAGCCGCACCCGCUCCCUGAGAGAGGGCCAGCCCCACUGGUACCAACAGAUAUGCUUUAGGAGCCAGGCUGCUUCGGCCCACCGGGUCUCGCAGCAGAUCUGGUUGGACCUGGAGACCACUCUGAGGGGGAACCGCCACUUCUCCUUCCCCGCCAAGCGUGCCGUCCGGCAGCUACAUCGUAUCCUCCUGGCCUUUUCUUGUCACAACCGGUCUGUCGGCUAUUGCCAGGGCCUCAACAGAUUGGCUGCAAUGGCCUUGCUAGUGUUGCAGAGCGAGGAAGAUGCUUUCUGGUGUCUGGUGGCCAUUGUUGAGACCAUCAUGCCUCAGGACUUCUAUGGCAAGACUCUAACAGCAUCUCAGGUGGAGCAGCGCGUGCUCAAGGACUUCAUGGCAGAGAAGAUGCCGAGACUAACAGCCCAUUUCCACUGUCACGGAGUGGACGUGUCCCUGGUCACCUCCGACUGGUUCCUAGCUGCGUUCGUGGAGAGGCUGACCAGUGACAUCCUGCUCAGAAUUUGGGACGCCUUCCUGUACGAGGGCACCAAGGUGAUAUUUCGCUAUGCAUUGGCGCUCUUCAAAUACACAGAAGAGGACAUUCUGAAGAUUCAUCAUAGUGUGGAUAUCUACCAGUACCUCCGUUUCAUCACCAGAACCAUCACAGACAGCAGGAGACUGACAACCAUUGCAUUCAGCGACAUGAACCCGUUUCCUUUCAGGCUGCUCCGUCAGAGACGGGCCCUGCACCUUCAGUGUGUGCAUGUACAGUUGAGUGAGUUAGAGCGUAUCCAGAGGGAGCUGGGUAGAGAGCGACGCCAGCACAAGGACAGGGAGCUUGGGCUCGUUUCCAGCGAGGAUGAGGGGGACACAUGAGCUCUGGAUAAAAUGCUCUGGCCAGAUUCCAAUCGGAACUUUUACCCCGUGUCCUGUUACUCACUUAUCUCAGUAGAUAUUGUCAGUUUGUCUUGUUUGAUGUUUUCAAUGUUCAUGUUUUAUUGUCACGUGCAUAAAUACAGUGAAAUGCC